AUGAGAGGCGAAGCUGUAACGCCAAGCCGCAAGGUGUACAAGCCUUAUUUCUUAUAUGGGAAUGGUUGCCAAGGCUUACCGGAGGGGACAACCCAUCCGCGGCAAUGGAUCUAUAUAAGUUUCGGGAGGGUCGAGAUGAUAAUAAUAGACAAGGAGGAAGGGAGGGAGGGGGACGAGAAGGCGGGAAAUGUGGGAGGAUGGUCUUCUGCGGGAUCUGGCCAUGAGGCUGCUAUUGGCGCAUUGCUCGAGUCUGUAGUGUCCAACUGGUCCCAAGCAACUAAACUGAAUACGGCAGUACAGGGGUGGCUGCGAGGCCUGUUUGGAGGAGAGAACUCGCGCACUUCAAAAGUCCAUUCCCACACUAGUUCUUUCCUCUCGACUGUUUUGACUCUGGGUGGCUCUGCGAAGAGAAGUCUGGAUCUUAGGCCCCUUGCAGUUGUUCGCAUUCUGUUUCUAUGCUGGGGCAAGUCCGCGCAGCACUGUACUGUACAUAUUCGUUGA